GAAAACAACUAAAAAAUUAGGUGUUAUGUGGGUACCGCGCGCGGUGUCGCAGGUGACAUUGUACCACCCGCGACCGUCACAGACUCCCCCCUCCAUCAAAAAAGCUAUGAGUACAGAAGGAACCCCUAGAGGCUCAUGGAGAGGUGGGAACAAGGGAUGGAGAGGAGGUGGAAAUGGAUGGAGAGGAGGAGGAAGCAGUGGAUGGAGAGGACAGGGAGGAUGGAGGAGGCCGUGGAGAGGAGGGUCAGCAGCAGGAGGUGGAGGGAGCCGAGGAGGUGGUGUUAGUGGAAAUCCAGCGUUAAGCUCUCAGAGAGCCCCAAUCCAGACCACUCUUGAUGCACUGUGUCCUUACAAAGGCUGGGCUCUGUAUUUCACAGAAGGUUUCAUAGAGAGCUCACCCAGUGUGGAGAAGAUCAAAGUGUUUGAGAAGUACUUCAUGUCCCAGAUCCAUCUGUAUGAUAAAGACGAGAUUGAACGCAAGGGCAGCGUGUUGGUGGAUUACACAGAUUUAACUGGGAAUAAAGCCGUGUGUGAAGCUCUCACUGACAUUGUGACAGACCUGCGGGAACAGCCAGACGUGAUACUGAACUGUUUGGGCGUGGCCAUUCAUCAGGUGUUGACUGCAGAUUUGGAAAAACAAGCUGCAGAGCUCCAAGACGAGGAACUUCCUGUUGCUACACCAAUCAUCAAUAUUCCUCAUAUCAGUGUGAGGCUGUAUAACUACGAGCCGCUGACUCCGCUUCGGACUCUGCGGGCCAGCGUGUUUGGCCGGAUGGUGUGUGUGAGAGGAACCGUGGUCCGGGUGAGCAACAUCAGACCUCAGUGUACCAGGAUGGCUUUCAAGUGCCAGACCUGCGCCAGCACUCUGACCCUACCACUGCAGCAUGGAAAAUAUGCAACACCCACGAAGUGUAUCCAGCCUGGAUGUCGUACUCGUUCCUUCAUCCCUCUUCGAAGUUCUCCCUCCACAAAGACAGUAGACUGGCAAAUCAUCAAGGUGCAGGAGUUGAUGGGUGGCGAGCAGAGGGAGACGGGACGAAUCCCUCGCACCGUGGAGUGUCACCUGACCUCUGACCUCUGCGACAGCUGCGUCCCAGGAGACGCAGUCACCGUUACGGGGAUAGUCAGAGUCAUCAAUGACGGCAGCUCCAGAGGAAAUAAAGAUCAAUGCAUGUUUCUCCUCUACAUCGAAGCUACUUCAGUCAGCAACACCAAAGGUCAGCUGUCCAAAUGUGGAGGUGAAAGGUCAGGAGGAUCAAGGGAAGAUCGUACAGGAGGAGAGGAGUUCAGUCUGAAGGAGCUCUACGCCAUCCAGGAGAUCCAGUCACAGCCGAACCUGCUGCGACUCAUCGUGCGCUCUUUGUGUCCUGCCAUCUUCGGCCAUCUGCUGGUGAAGGCUGCCCUGGCUUUGGCAUUGUUUGGGGGCAGACAGAAACACGCAGACAAGAGCAGCGUCCCGGUGAGAGGAGACCCUCACAUCCUGGUGGUGGGAGACCCUGGACUGGGGAAGAGUCAGAUGUUACAGGCAGUGUGUAACGUGGCUCCAAGGGGAAUCUAUGUAUGCGGCAACAGCACCAGCACCACAGGACUAACAGUGAGUCUGUCCAGAGACUCUGGAACAGGAGAUUAUGCUCUGGAGGCAGGCGCUUUGGUGUUGGCUGACCAAGGCCUUUGUUGCAUUGAUGAGUUCGACAAGCUGGGGAGUCAGCAGCAGGCUCUGCUGGAAGCCAUGGAGCAGCAGUCGGUGAGUCUGGCUAAGGCCGGCAUCGUCUCCUCUCUGCCUGCUAGAACAUCUGUUGUUGCUGCUGCUAACCCUGUCGGAGGCCACUACAACAGAGGGAAGACUGUCUCUGAAAAUCUAAAAAUGGGCUCCGCCCUCCUUUCCCGCUUCGAUGUUGUCUUCCUUCUUCUGGAUAUCCCAGAUGAGUCACAUGACCGCCAGCUGUCCGAGCACGUCAUGGCCAACAGGGCAGGGAAAGGCAGAACCAGCAGCGCCACGGUGACCAGAACUAGUAAUGACCCAGAGACUUCCAUCCUGCUGCAGCAUGCAGCCAUGCCGCUGUCUGAACGACUGCAGUUUCCAGCAAAUGAAUUGGUCGAUGUGAUUCCAACAUGUCUGUUGAGGAAGUACAUCAGCUACGCCCGUCAAUACGUCCGACCCACGCUGUCUCCUGAAGCGGCAAAAACCCUUCAGGAUUUCUACCUAUCUCUGAGGUCCCAAGCGCACUCAGCCGACGCCACACCCAUCACCACACGGCAGCUGGAGUCCUUAAUCAGACUUACCGAGGCAAGAGCCAAAUUGGAGCUCAGAGAACUGGCGACACAAAGUGAUGCUGAAGAUGUGGUGGAGAUCAUGAAACACAGAGUUCGAGGACUUUGCAGCAGGAAGACAGAGGAGGCGUCUGACAAGUCCACAGCAACGGACAGGGACACGGUGCCGGGACAAGGACUGUUCAAAUUCAAAGAACUGUAUGAGAACCCAUGGACAGUCCCCAACCUGCUGUGUAUGUGUCGGAUUCUGCUGGCUCCAUAUCUGGGUUAUCUGAUCACCCAGCAGCACUUUGACCUCAGCCUGGGUCUGUUUACUUUGGCUGGAGCCACUGACCUGCUGGACGGCUUCAUUGCCAGAACGUGGCCCACUCAGAAGUCGGCCCUGGGCAGCGCUCUGGAUCCGCUGGCCGACAAGAUCCUCAUCAGUGUUUUAUAUGUGAGUCUCACCUACGCCGAACUUAUCCCAGCUCCGCUGACGGCUCUGGUGAUUUUUCGAGACAUUGGUUUGAUAGCCGCCGUCUUCUGGGUCAGAUACAAGACUGUUCCUCCACCGGUGACGCUCAGUAAGUUUUUUAACCCCUGCUACACUACAGCCCAGCUAAAACCCACACUCUUCAGCAAGGUGAACACGGCCAUCCAGCUGUUCCUGGUUGCCGCCUCUCUGGCUGCUCCGGUCUUCCACUAUACGGACAGCGCCCUGCUGCAGUGUUUAUGGUAUGUUACAGCUGUGACCACAGCAGCAUCAGGCUACAGCUACUGGCAUUACGGCCGCAAGACUGUUAAGGUGUUGAACACCAGAUCUCCAUGACGACUCCCCCGUCCCGGGAUGCUCCCCCUCCCUCCCGGGAUACGGCUCCCUCUCCCCGGACGCUCGCAGGAAUAAAAAGAAAACAGAAGAAGCUUCUGCAGGGGGACGCUCAUCAGCUGCAACGAAUGUAGAACAGACAGGCAGAUGGACCGCCGCCAGAAGCUCUGAAGACAAGUAGCUGUGACAAGCCUUCAUGGGUCACCAUGGCGAUGACGCAUGCAGGAGGAAAACAAGUGAAGCCGCAGAUGGUUUCAUCACAGAGAUCCUGAGACAGCAGCCCUGCCAGCGGGUGCGUCCAGAGCCGCGUGCAUGGAGGGGAAAAAAACUGCAAACAUAAAUAAAAAUAUUUCCUCCACCCACGUCAGGAGCCGCACACAGCAACCUCAAGCCCAGAGCUGCCAGGUUCUUCUUCUUGGUUUUAUUUCUUACAGUCAGUCAGAUGCAACGUCCACCGAAUCAUUGUCUCAUCAACCUGAAUUUUUGUAAGCCAAUGAUUUCUGAUUAAACAAAACAAAUAGAAAAUCUG